AUGGAGACAGUAGCGCGAGCAGCAGAGGACCACGUCGAGAACGGCUGCGACGCGCCGGCGAGGGGGAGCGGAAGGAGGAGGGGGCGGGACGAGUUCGAGCGCCCGCCCGAGUGGGAUGCGCUGGACGCCAGGCUCGACGAGCAGGAGAGGCUCGACAGAGAGCAGGACGAAAGAAGGGACCCCGCGUCGCUGCUGGCCAUGUUGGACCUUCCCUUGGCAAAGGUGGGCGAGACGAGAGACCAUCUCUGCCUCAUCUGCUUCGACGAAUUCGUGCUCGGCUGCUACAAGAAGAUCAGGACGAUGGAGUGCACUCACUCCUUCCACCAGCGCUGCAUCUUCGACUGGCUUUGCAUAGACCGACGAUGCCCGCUUUGCCGCUUCGCCAUGCCCCCGGAGAAGGAUUGCAUCCUGGAAGAGGAAACACAAGAAAGCCUCCAUGGCCAAGGAGCUGCCCUGGCACCGGCCGAAGAUGUUGAAUUUAUUUUUUCGAGCCGUGAAGAUGUAAGAUAUUGA